AUGAUUGCUUUUGAGAUGGCGUCUGUCUACACCUACUUCUCGACGGACCCAAUCAUCAGUACACUUCAGACAUGGAUUGUCCGUAUAGCCCUCGUUUUGGCCAUCGCUACCAUUGCUCCAUCGUUCUUAGCCGUCGUAGCAGAUAUCUUCCUCUACCUCUUCCGCUUAACCCCGAAACCACCCAUCCCCGUCAUCUCCCCAACACGCUCAAGCUUCCAACAAAACCUCGAAAAGGUGACUGAGGAAGCCUUUACGGAGGAGCCAUUGCCGGAGGAGAAGAUUGCGAGGAUGAUAUCACCGGUACAGAUUGAGGAGUCGGAGAGGGCGGUGUUGAGUACGGCCAGAGAGGAGACGAGUGGUGUGGCGAUGAAGCCCGUUGCGAGGGGGAGUGCUGAUUCCGGGGUUGUGUUUGCUGAUGAGGAGCAAGUGGAUAAGGUGAUGGGACCUUGA